CUUGAACCAGUGGCAUUUAAUGACCUUUGGAUUGCUUUGACGUCAUUCAUAAAAACAACCUAAGGAACCAAGCAACUAACAUACUAUAUAUAAGAGUAUCACAUAGUUCUUCUCCAAAUAUUCCUCUAAGCUGUAAGACAACAAUCGAAUUUUUGCUGAAGGAGCAUCUACAAUUUCAACAUGAGGAUUCUAGUUUUAGCUCUUUUUCUCUCAGUUAUGCUAGCCUUAGCCAGUGGUGGAAUUGUCCGCGAAGUCGCUGAAUCUAUCAGGCGAGCUGCACAGUCUGGAGGAGCUCGUCGGAGUGAAGGACAAGGCGGAUACGGUAGUGGAAGUAGCGGAAACAGUGGGCAGGGUGGACAUGGAAGUGAAAAACGAGGACAGAGUGGUAGGCAACAAAGUGGACAUGGGGGAUAUGGCGGCAGCAGCGGAGGAGAGCGCAGUGGACAGCACAGCGCGGAUCUAAGGAACGCGGCAGCGAACGAGGAGGACACAGUAGUGAACACUAUGGAACGAAUGGGAAUGAGCACGGAGGACAACGCGGUGGACAACAAGAAGGACACCGUGGUGGACAACAAGAUGGACACCGUAGUGGACAACAAGAUGGACACCGUGGUGGACAACAAGAUGGACACCGUGCAAAUAAUCAAGGCAGCCGAGGAGGGUACCACUAUGGUUAAACAGUUAGCAAUCGUUAAUAUACCAAAGUUAAACUAUUGACAAUAGUUUGCAAGACCCUCCGAUAUUCUCUGUGCCUUUGCACCAUACGAAUAUGACAAUGCUUGAUUUUCCCUUUUUAAUGCUGGAAAUUUCAUUUAAAAUAAAAAGCAUGUUUUAAAA